AUGUGUCGUUCAUAUGGUGAUCAAUUCGAAAGUCUUUUUAAAGAUAAACGUGAUAUAUCAUCGUAUCUAAAAAAACAACUCGAUCUACGUAAUGAACAAGUAUUCGAUUUAAAUGAUCGUUUGACAGAUUUACAACAAGCUAAAGAUUAUGAAAAAGAUUUGUUUGAAAAAAAAAUACAAAACCUUAAAGAACAAUAUGAUUUGGAAAUUCAAAACCUUGGAAACGAAAAUAUGUUACUUAAAACGCGUUUAGUUGCUUUAGAAGAAUUUGAAUAUCAACGACAAACAAUGGAAAAAACAAUUGAUGAAUUAAAAAGUUUAAUUUUAAAAAAAGAAGAUGCCUAUAAAAAAGCAUUAUAUCAUAUGGAAAUAGCACUAAUGUUUUUCAAAGAUAGAUUAAAAAAAGAAGCAAUCGAAUAUUUAAAUGAUCUUGCUAUUGAAUUUCAUCAUAAUGCAAAAAACCAAUUAUCAAAUACAAUUAAACGUGCUUUACAUGAAAACUUUUAUUUAAAUAAUCAAUUUGAUUAUUUAUCGAAUCAAUUAGAAAAAACAAUUGAAAUUAAUAAAAACUAUACUGCAGAUAAUCAACGUUUAACACGAACCAUAGCAAUUUUCGAAGACGUAGAAACACACUCAGCAAAAAAACAUAUUGUGACUGAAAAUAUUAUUCAAUUGUUAAAGGAGAAACUUGACAAGUGCAAACAACAACAAAAUUCUGUUCAUGAAAUUUUAGUACCUAUCGAAAAAAUCGAAAAAGAGUCAACAAAACUUUCUCGUAAUCGAGAAGAUAAUUCGAAACAAGAAAAAGAAUCUACUGAAAUAAGAAAUUUAGAAGAAGAAAAUAAUUUAUUAAAAGAUAUUAUUGAUCAAGCAGCAAUAUCCAUUGCUGAUGUUGUACAGUCUCGAGAUGAUGACACGGAAACAGCGUCAAAAGUUGAAAAACACAAUGAAAUGCUUGAACAACUAUUAUCGAUUCUUUUAACUUCACACCAUUUGGGUCGAACUGGAUUGCCAUUACAAAAAAAGUCAUUUGGUCAGAAAGGAAUUUUUCCAGGAUCACGGCUCGGUCUACAUCGAAUUCAUCAAAACUCAUCGGUAAAAGCUAGUACACAUUAUUGUCGUGGUGAUUUAGGAUUAGUACGACAUGAUAAUUGA